CCAUGGGGUAAUGAGGAGGAAGUGCGGGGCCCCGCACCCACUGAGCUGUAUGUCCCCAUAUAUUUCCCGCUUUACAGCUACGACACCUUCGAUUUUCAGAAGGUCUGAAACUCAAUUGCGUCUAGCGCUGACGUCGGCAUAUUUGAUAAAAGGUGGGUUCUCAUGAGCCCCUAUUGUGUUCAUAAAAGCUGAAUUUAAUUUCGUAGAGCGACGAUAUCACUUCAUCUCGAGCAGUUGAUACCAUACGAAUUGUUUUUUACGAGCUAUGGCUACCUCCAACGGUCUCCAUUCCACAGACGACACCAAAAUCAACUCCAACGAAGUAGAGCUCGUAGAAGAUGUCUCUUCAACACCCGCUAAAUCCAGUCGUAUUCCGGAAUACGUUCGCAAUCUUGCUCCAGAAGAUCGCCAGAGGAUCGAAGCUACCUUGAGACGAAAAGUCGAUACGAGAUUACUCCCUAUGGUGGUUCUCAUUUACAUCAUGAAUUAUCUGGAUCGCAACAAUAUUGCUGCUGCAAAAUUAGCUGGAUUGGAGACUGAUCUGAACUUGAAAGGAAAUCAAUUUCAGACUGCCGUCAGUAUUUUGUUCGUGGGAUAUUUGCUGAUGCAAGGUAAUUUCUCUGUGGCAGCAAGCAAAAAAUUGAGUGUUUCUAACUCGAAUGUAACCAGUACCAUCUAAUCUUCUCCUGAACAAACUUGGAAAACCGUCACUAUAUCUUCCUGGAUGCAUGGUAGUUUGGGGAUUAAUCUCAGGAGCAACAGCUGCGUGUCAAUCAUAUGGUGGUCUACUUGCCUGUAGAUUUAUUCUCGGAUUUGUCGAGGCGGCCUAUUUCGUAAGUCAUUAUCCUGUCACGGUUGCUCCAUAGCUACUACCAUUUCAUCAUUUUAAUCAUGCAUUUAGCCAGGAUGUUUGUACUAUCUUUCAGCUUGGUAUACGCGCAAGGAACUAGUUAAAAGAACAGCUUUCCUGUACUCCGGGUCUCUACUCUCUGGUGCAUUUUCUGGAUUGAUCACCGCGGGUAUUACCCAUGGUUUGGAUGGUGCCAAAGGGCUCCGUGCUUGGAGGUGGCUUUUCAUCAUCGAGGGUGCAAUUACAGUACGUGUUUUUCUCUCUCUCGUUGAAUGAUACUUUCCUUCAAAGACCUUCAAUUUCAAGUCGCUAACGAAAACCAGGUCGUCAUAGCUUUUUCUGCCUUUUUUGUCCUUCCCGAUCUUCCACGAACAACACGUUGGCUAUCCGAAGAGGAGAAAGAGCUCGCAGCUUGGAGGCUGGAGGAAGAUAUCGGACAAGAUGACUGGGUUGAUACUAAGCAACAGACAUUCUUACAUGGCGCCAAGCUUGCUGUGAAAGAUCCCAAGGCAUGGCUUUUACUCGCCACAAUCUACGGAUUUACAUCCGCAGGUGCCGUUACAACUCUCUUCCCAUCAGUUGUGAAAGGUUUGGGUAAGAGUAACAUCGAGACACUUCUCUUGACAACACCGCCAUAUCUUAUUGCAGUUAUUGCCAUCCUCUGCAAUGCAUGGCAUGCAGAUGCAACAGGCGAAAGAUAUUUACAUAUUGCUGUACCUCCAGUCGUGGCAUUCAUCGCUUUUGCGAUUGCAGCAGGAACGACAAAGUUUGCACCAAGAUAUCUUGCAAUGUGUCUUAUGGUUGGAUCGAUCUAUUCAGGAUAUGUAGUUGCGCUUAGUUGGAUUUCAAAUGGUAGGUCAAAUCAGCAGUCCUAGACAAAAGCUUCGAGAACUAACGAUACUUAGUACUUCCUCGACCUCCAGCCAAACGUGCAGCUGCUCUGGCAGGUAUCAACGCGCUGAGCAAUAUUGCCCAGAUUUAUUCACCAUACCUUUAUCCCAGUAAGUCAUUUACCAUUCGUUGACGCUGCUGAAAGCUGUCAAAUUUAUCAAGUCCUAACUUUUGCCCACAGGUAGCGAUGCACCUCGUUACGCCAAAGCAAUGUAUGUCAACCUUGCGAUGUCGGUUAUCUCAAUUAUAUUCGCCACGGUACUGCGAUUCCAUUUGAUGAAAUUAAAUAAGAAGUUGGAUAGAGGAGAAAUCGUAGAGGGAGUCAAUGACCGAGGCCCUCCAGGAAGAAGUGUCGAAGACGGCGAAGGCGAGGAAGUCGCUGUUGAUAGAGGAUUUAGAUUUUUGUACUGAAAUACCUUUCAAGGUAGUAUAGAAGGAAUAUAUUUGGAAGUUUUUGUCUCAACUUUUGGAAUAUGUUGUCUUUUCCAUGUUGAUGGUUGGUGAAAUCGCUCCUUCCAAAAAUUGCAACACAUUCAACCAACUCGGUCAUUCUCUAUAACAGCCCACUUCAAUUCACUUUCCUCCUUUCAAGCCUUCUUCUUUCUUAAUCAAGUAUUCAAAUGAAGACAAA